AGGGAAAAUCCGAACUGGCUCUGUUCUGCUCUUAUCUCUGCAAUACUCAUUCAGUCACAUUGCUUCUUUCUGUCCAUGGAAGCAGUGACAAUGGAGGAGGUGAAGGCAGAAGAGGGCUUGGUCGAUAAUGAAGCUGCUUUAAAAACGAGGCCUCGCUCGAGGUCUUCUACUACUACUACUACUACUGCUAUUACUACUAUUUCCACUAUUGUUGAACCAGUGAAGGCCAUGGAAGAAAAUGGGUUUCAACAAGGAGGAGGAGAAACAGAAAGGAGCGUUUACUUUGAGGGAAAUGAAAAUAGGGCAGCGACCAUGGAAGAGGUGGAGGCAGAGGAGGGAGAAACAGAGAGGAGCGUUUACUUUGAGGAAAAUGAAAAUGGAGGAAUAUGGAAAUGUCGUCACUGCAUUUGGACCUACCAAAUGGAAGGCCCUGGGGUUGACUGUAUGCAGAAUUCUAGAGGGCACCACAAUGACCCAAUGAAUUUCACAACUUUGCAUGGAUGGUGUUUUGGAUUAGGAUUUCAAGCUAUUGAAUCCAAUGAUAGGAUUGCUGAGGAGAAGCCAGAAAAUGAAAAAUCAGACUUUAAUAUAAAAAGAGCUGACUGUCAAAAGAGUCUUGUUACUGUACAUGGCCACAAAAGAGAUGGGAAUCUAAAGGAUGGCAGCCUCUAUGAUUUGCAUCUUCUACCUUCUGAAAAGUCACAGUCAGGUGGAAAUUUAAGUUUUGAGCCUGUUGAUAAUGGAUUAGAGGAACAUGCAGAUGUUACGCUAUUAAAAGACAGAAGACAGGAAGUGACUGAACUGGAUGUUGAGAGGGUUAUAAAGGAGCAGGAUACUCAUGAUUUGUACUGUCCUAACUGUAAUUCUUGUAUUACUAAAAGGGUUAUUUUACGUAAAAGAAAAAGGAUACGAAGCCUUCAUUAUGAUGCAAAGCGAGAGAAAUUUGAUACGGUUGUUAAUUCGGGUGGAACCAAUGAUGAAAGUUGUGAGGUAGCUGAAUCUGUUCUGGAUAAUAGUCCUGCUCCUCCAGUCAAUGACUGCGAUCAUGAUACAGGACCCGAUAUAUUCAGAUGUUUAUCAUGUUUCACCUAUUUCAUUCCAAAAGCAGCUAGUGGCUUUAAACUAUUCGGAAAUAGGGGAGAGCGUGAAAACAUACAAAAUCCUGAGCAGAUACCUGUGAGGAAUGUAAAGUGGUUUUCCUCUUUCUUUGAGAUGAGCAGAGGAAAGAAGACUGCUGAGCAAGUGGAUAUUGCAACUCAACAUGUUCAAGAAGAUGCGGAAGCAUUGAGACAGUCAGAAUGUUUGCCUGAAACUCUUCCCAGCAAACAAAUGGAUUAUCUUUCAUGUGCAGAUGGGAGCACUAUGUCAGUUCCAUCUUCAAAGUUUGUGGUCGUCAAUGAAUCUCAUGUAAAUGAGAAAAGUAACGUUUCCACUGGGGAAUUUCAGAAAGAUAUGCACAAUGUCAACUCGUUGUUCAUACAAGGAGCAGUAAUUUCAGAAGAAAUUCUAUCUGACAUUGCAUGCAAUGAUGAUGUGACCAAGAAGACUGAUAGACUGGAUGUUACAACUCAACGCGGUGAAGACGAAGCAUUGAUACAAUCAGAAUGUUUGCCUGAAACUCUAACUGUCCAACAAGGAGGUCGCUCACCUGGAUUCUGGAUGUCUGUGAAUGGUGCAGGCACAAGAUUUCAGCAGGUUGGGGGUAAUUUUCCCAUUUCUCUGAUUGAAAAACCAGCUUCUACAUUCAUUGAAAAAGUGGCAACUGAUUUUGGGGAGCAAGAUGAUACAGCGGAAAAGAUCAGUAAAGAAGUACUUGUGGAUAAGAACAAUACAUCAGUAAUGCCUCCAAACUUUGUGACUGUCGAAGAAUCUUAUGUGACUGAGAGAGUUAAGGUUUCAGCUGAGGAAUUUCAGAAAGAUGUGCACCGAGUCACUACUACAUCCAUACAAGAAGCAGUGGGAUUAGCAGAACGUCAAUCCAGUAGAGGAGAUGAUGUUGCAGUAUGUAUUCACGCUGUUCAGGAUAUGCUUGAAGUUGGUUCAGCUGUACCAGGAAGAACUCAUGAAUGGGACAUCUUAAAGAGCAUUAUAUAUGGGGGUUUAAUUGAAUCAAUUACAAGCCUGGGUGUUGUAUCUUCUGCUGCCGCUAGUGAUGCUACCACAUUGAAUAUUGUAAUUUUGGGAUUGGCAAAUCUAGUGAGUGGACUCAUCAUCAUUAUUCACAAUAUUAGGGAACUGAAGAAUAAUUACCAUGGAGCAACCAGUGAAGCAAAUUCAAAUAUUGAUCAAUACCAAGAAACACUGGGAAGGAGGGAGAAUUACCGAUUGCAUGCAAUUGUCAUACUGAUGUCAUACAUUGUAUUUGGAUUAUUGCCCCCUGUUACAUACGGCUUUUCUUUCCGUAGGAGCAACGAUAAGUUAUACAAGCUCAUAACGUGUGGCGCAGCUUCCCUUGUGGGCAUUAUUCUACUUUCUGUAGGGAAGGCUCAUGUUCAGAGGCCACCAAAGUCGUAUAUCAAGACUAUACUGUACUAUUUGCUCAUUGCGCUGACAGCCUCAGGCCUUUGUUAUGCUGUAGGUUUGCUGAUCAAAAGGCUUGUAGGGGAAUCAGGUUGGUUUGAAACCCCUUUAACAACUUCCACUGCAUUUCUGGAAACAAGGUCAAUAAAGUCAGGAUGGGCUUAUGGUUAAUUAAGAACAAGUGUGGAGCACAUAGGUUGG